UCUCUUUCUAUAAGAACACGCCAAUUUAGUCUCAUAUAUACAACAAGUAAUUUGAAUUCACAAGAACACAAAGAAUUCAUGGCCUUCUCUAUGAAAAUGCCUGGAGUAGUUGUUCUUCUUCAGAUUCUCAUUUUGUCACCACCAUUAUUCAUUCACCAAGCAAAAAAUUUUGCUGUAGCAGACGACAAAUUAAUCAAAACUUUAUGCCACAACUCUGAGACACCUGAAACCUGUAUGAAGUGUGUGUUGUCUUCUAAAAAUUCUGUGAAAGCUGAUGGUGUUGGAAUAGCCACAAUCAUUGUUGAUUGCAUCAAUGACAAGGCAAAUAACUUGGCACUCAACAUCACAAACUUGGCUUCCACAUCGCAUGGAAAACUCAAGUCUUUUUAUCAAACAUGUGCCAAAGACUACGGUUACCACAUUGCAAAGAAAGAGUUAAUUUUGACCAAGAAGGCUUUGCACAAACACAAAUAUGACAAUGCUGAAUCUUGUGUGGUUAGAGCUCUAAGUUUUCAUGUUGCAUGCCGCAAGAAUUUGGAGCAUUACCAUGAUGAAGUGCCAAGUGGUGUUACUUAUGAUAUGAAUAUAUAUGAGGAGCUCUCUGAGGCUGCGUCUAGAGUAAUUGAAAAGCUUUAGGUGUAAUUCUUGAUGCCCACCAAAUUGUUAAACAUAAGUUGGUCAACGCCUAUUAUCAAUUAAAUAAUAAAUUAAAAUAAAAAAUUAGAUA